UUUCAGAAACGUGGCUGGGUAAAAUUGAUAAUAGUUUAAAAAUAUAAGUUUAUCUCUCUGAUUCAUUUAUAUUACAAACCAGAUUGAGAAUUUUGAACAUUUUUGGUAACUCCGGAAGUAUCAUAAAGACUGAUUUGAGGAAUCGAAGCAGAAAAAAUGCCGCUUUACACUUGUAUAACUUGUCGUGUUGGGUUUGCUGAUUCAGAUUUACAGAGAAAGCACUACAAAUCCGACUGGCAUCGCUAUAAUUUGAAGAGAAAAGUAGCAGAAAUGCCUCCUGUCACUGCAGAAGUGUUCCAGGAAAAGGUUCUUGCUCAAAGAGCAGAAGCAGAGGCUAAAGAACAGACGAAAAGCACCAUCAUGUACUGUAAAAUAUGUAAUAAGAACUUCUCGUCUGAGAACGCUUACAAGAAUUACUUGCAGUCCAAGAAACAUCUUGAAAUAGUUGCAAAAUCCAAGGACACUGAUUCAGAAGAAACAGCAGACAUCGUGGGUUUGAAAAAGAAGAGUGAAAACAGUGUACAAGAAGCAGAUACAGAAACCCCAGCAUCAGACGAGGAAGAAGUCGAAGAGUGCGAGGAUGAAGCUCUAGAAAUCACAGAAUGUCUUUUCUGCCCACAUGAAAGCUUAAACUUCGAAGAAAACAUGAAGCAUAUGUCCAGAUCUCAUAGCUUCUUCAUUCCUGAUCUGGAAUACGUUGUUGAUCUCAAGGGCUUGAUUGGAUAUCUUGGAGAAAAAAUCGGAAUUGGUAAAAUGUGUUUGUUUUGCAAUGAAAAGAGCAAGGCAUAUCUCUCAAUAGAAGCUGUACAAAACCACAUGACUAGUAAAAGUCACAUGAAGUUGGACUAUGAGGGAGAAGCUGCUUUGGAAUAUUCAGAUUGGUAUGACUUUACAAGUAGUUAUCCAAGUAAGAGAGAAAAUGAUGAUGAUGAUAAUGAUGUCAACACUGGUACACUGAGUGUCGAUGACGCCACAAAUGAGUUGUGCUUGCCGUCAGGUGCAAAGGCUGGCCAUAGGGAUCUUCGGAAUUAUUACAAACAACAUUUACCUCCAGAAAGAGAGAAUCAUAAGGUUAAGAAGAGUAUUAUGGCUGACUACAAGGCAUUGGGAUGGCAUGGCACAAUAGCAGAGAAAACAAGACAGACACUUCGAGAUGCAAGAGUUGAACGACAGCAGAUGGCUAAACAUCAAGUAAAAUUGGCUGUGAAGGCCAAUAAAUUUCAGACUCACUUCAGACCGCAAGUAAUAUUUUAAAGUAAUGUUGCCUUUGUUUAUUUUGGAAAAAUUUUCGUGUCUAAAUAUUUUACUUGUUCUUUCUGUCUGAAAGCUUUACCAGUUACCAAUGAGCUGCAGAUAAUUGGUAGUUUGCUAAUCAGGCAAAACAAUCCUUGUAACAAUUUAUAGAGAUUUUUCAUGAUCACAUUUUGGCAGCCAUGUUGGAUGACAGAACAAUGAAUCCCCUUAGUCUGGGAUUGAUUUUUGUGUGUGUAAAACUAUUGUUCAGAAUGACAGCCAACAGCUGGUUCGACUUGUACCCCAUAGUUUUCGUAAUUAUAAUAUACUUUAGAAGCAUAUCUAGGAGAGCUUCACUCUCUUGCGAAUGUAGGAAUAACAUAUCUGAAAACAUACAAUCUGAUAGCUUUAUGUGGAAAAAUGCUCCACUUAUUAGACCAAUGCCCUUGGCAGCCACACAUGCACCAUUAAUUUUGGGGUGAAUAUCUGAUUGUAGUACUAAAGAGUGAUUUCAUUUAACAAACAAAUUGGAUACUGGUCUUAUAGACAUUACUAAACACUAACUGUCUGCUCAAUUAUUGGAUAUCAACCAUUACAUCUUGUUCCUGGAUUAAGUAAAAACUCUGUAGAAUUUCAAGUGGCUACAAGUCGGCAAAUAAUUUACAAGUUGAACUUGGAUAAUCCUUAAUGUUAUCAUACACCUGAAUGACAUCUGGGUUGUUUAAUAUCAAGUCAAUGAGUUUAUCAGCUUUUUCUACUUGAGGUUCUGUUAAUGUAGCCAUAGCUUUUGGGAAAUACUCUAGUCCAUUGCAGUGUAUGAUGCACUUUUCUUCUGUCGAUAGGAUACCAUCUGAAACCUUCUUUAUUUCUUUGAAUGAACAUACAAACUGUACAAAAAGAGAAUAAUGUAAAAUAAAAAUAUGCCAUAGAAUUGUGGUAAUGAUUAUGCAUGAUCUCAGGUGAAUAUCAAAAAAAGGUUGGCAGGUUAAAAAGCGGGAUGUGCCAAUUUAAACCCAAUAAGUUGUGAUGGAGCAGGGCUAAUAACAGCAGCUCAAUGGCCAGACAUGAUGAUUAGCAACAAACUUGUGAACAUUUGACCAGUCAAUGUGACACAGGGCUGUAGCCACUGGUACUGUUGGUCCAGUUUCAACCAGACCAAAUUUCGGGGGGGAAAAUAAGAAAAGUAAAAGAAAAAAAAGAAACCCAGAAAAACCUCAAAAACUGGACCAGUCCAAAAUUUGUGGCAAAUGGAACAAAUCAGAAAUUUGUGGCUACAGUCCUGUGACGGUUCCAGAGAACUGCCCUAAGAGGCAUUUGGCUGGACAUUGUCUGUUUACCAGCCAUUUGUUUUGAGCCCUGUCACAGAUGUACAUGUACCUUAAUGACUUGUUUUUCAUCUUCCAGUUGUGUAAAAUAAACAUCUUCAGCACCA